GGCUGUCAGCAGGAAGAGAAGGGAGGAGGAGACAGAGGGCAAUUGAGAAAGGUAACUCCAGAGAACGCUCAUUCCCUUCAACCGCAGCUGACACACAAAAAAAAACGAGAACAGUUCAUCACAGGCUGGACAAACAGAGCUCUCGCUUUCUGUCAGUGGGAUAAUGGCCUCCAAGGCUUUUAUAAAAGACACAGGUAUUCUGCAUCUCCUCCUAUUAGGACUAAUUCUGCCGUCAAUAUUAGUGUCAGGUGUAGGCGCUCAAAACACUACAUUGUCCCCCAGUUCUUCCACUGCAACCUCCACUACAGCACCUGCAGCCACAGCAAGCGCCAGCACCACCACCCAGCCCCCGACUUCCACCACUUCUGCAACCACUACUCCAUCUGGAACCCAAGCCCCUGCUACCACCGCCAUCAUCGGAAACCCAGCAACCACAUCUGCAGUCACCACCACUGGAAACCCGGCAACCACGUCUGCAGUCACCACUACUGGAAACCCGGCAACCACGUCUGCAGUCACCACCACUGGAAACCCGGCAACCACGUCUGCAGUCACCACCACUGGAAACCCGGCAACCACGUCUGCAGUCACCACCAGUGGAAACCCGACAACCACGUCUGCAGUCACCACCACUGGAAACAUGGCCACCAUGUCUGCCACCACCACUGGAUACACUGCAACCAUGCCUAGCACGCAGGCCCCCACCACCACCUCUGGAAGUGCUUCAGCGACCACGCAACCCUCUUCUUCCACCACCCCUGGAGUCACAACGGCCUUAGUCAAUACUCAAUCCCCUACAAUGACCACUGGCACCACAGCUGGUUCAACAACCAUGACCCAGUCAAGCACCACCAUGACAGGCUCAACUUGGGGCACUUCAUCGACCUCCAUGUCUUCAAGCUCUGGUUCCACAACUUCAAUCAUGUCCACCAGUGGCAUGUCUGUAAUGAAUGGAACCAAUAUGCCAAAUACUACUUCAAUGAACAUGAUAUCCUGCCCCUCUUUCAUGUGUAACUACUCUGACUGCUACUCGAUGUACACGAGCCCGAAUGCCACUUCAUGCACUACCGGGGACUAUUGUCAGCUGUUAAGGCAGACGGAUAUCUGCUACAUUGCCAGCUGCAGCGCCUCUUGUGCUGAAAGCUGCAUCAACUCCUCUCAGACCAACUGCUCUGUGAACUGCUGCAAUUCUACUGGCUGCCUCAAUGACAGUUUUGCAGACAUGAUGAUAACAACUACAGCAGCUGCAACCACAUCAGUCCCUACAACUACCACCAGUCCAUCAACAACUGCAAACAAUGCAAACAAAUGCCAUAAUGGCACCUGCUCUGGCACAGAAUGCUACAAGAAUUUUAAAAAUGCAGCACUCCAAAUAUGCUCUGGCUCACAGCCACAUUGCCAGCUGAAAAAGGAAACCAUAGAUUCCACUUUAACGUGGAAGGCAGGUUGCACCAACUGUACUGGCUAUACCGCAUGCAAGACAGCUACAAAACCUCCAUGUAAUCUGGAGUGCUGCAACGCCACUAUGACGUCCUGCUUGUGGUUGAAUGGCACACUGAACGUUCCCUCUUUCGCCACAAGAGGACCUGAUCUUCACACAGAAUUGAUUGCGCUCUUACUUUGCCUGCUUGCAGUCACUAUGUUGCUGUGAGUGAUAUCAGGAUGGCUUGUUCAGCUGCUGUAUGAGUCAUUAGGUAACUAAGCUUUGUGUAACUCCCAGCCCAUUCAUUCAAAAAACAGUUACUAGUGCAGAGGUUAAUACUACUUCAUUUCCACUCAUGCAUCUUGCUGAUAUUCAUAUGUCAUUGUAUAGUGAUUGUAAGUAUGGAUGGAAAUCCGAAAAGCAUCAGAUACAAGUUGGUUGUACCAAAUCUUAUAUAUCUUCCAGGAGCAUGCCAGCAACAACUCAGUCUCCAUGUCAGUUUAUUGUUAGGGCCCAAACUUCCUUUAUAACUCAUAGAUUGAUAUCUCAAAAUAUAAUCACAGUUGCAUUUUAAGAGUUAAUUUUAACAUGUUAAAUACCCUCUAGUUUGUUUUAGCAAUGGUCUUGCCUAUUUAAUGUAAAAAAUAAAGUUUAAAAAGCCAAAAAUACUUUUUAUCUGUGUCAUCCCACUUUAAACUGACUUUAGACUAAUCUUCAUUUUAGGUGGGUGAGUGAGCUUAAAGACAGCAUUUCUGUUAUCAAUGUUUUAUCAUGCCACUAUGGGAGUAAUGCAGCUAUACCUCUAUAUGCACUUUAUGAAACAUAAAUAUUGAGCUGAUACAGGGAGUUUUAAAGUUUUUUUUAAGCAUUUCUGCAGUUGUGACUUUUAUGAAAUGUGCAAUUAAGUACUUUUCACUAUUUUUGUCCAAUACUUCUGUGACUAGGGAGUUGGAUGUCUAGACUGUGUGGUUUACAAAGUUAUAUUUUAUGGCGUAAUGGUGUCAUGUAAAUGUUAAAUGAAAUCAGAAAUGUGUCAAUUUAUUCUAGUUUUAUGUACUGUACAAAACAUGGUUUGUGCCUUAAAAUAAAUGAAUCUAAUCUAUA